AUGGGGGACCCCUCUUCGUGGGGGGACACCAGACCGAUCACACUGUCUUCGGCGAUCCUCAAAUGGUUCUCUCAGCUUCUCCUCAAACGAUGUGGGGGCAAGAUCCAAGAUGGGGCCCCUUACCAAUGGGCGUCGCGAGGCAAGCAAGCACCAGAGCUCCUUGUCAUCCUGAGACGUGUCGUGAGGAUGGCCAAGGACUGGGGGACGCCAACGUGGAUCAUCAAGCUGGACGUUCGCAAGGCGUUCGACAGUGUUUGGCAAGAGACAAUGGGGGACAUGGUGGCCAGGCGGGUCGGGGGGUUGCGACCGGGCGGGGGGGGGACUCGGGGGGGGGAGCCCUGGCAAGCACGCGCGUGGCUCUCCCUCCUCGAAGCACGGGAGCUCAAUGUGGCCAUCGGAGACGAAGUUGUCAGCGUGGUGAGAUGGAGCACGUUCCAACUGCAACACACGUGGGAGCUCUAUGGGCACAUGGCGCGCUCCAAGCACGGGGGGAGGGACAUGCUGCAAUGGCGCAACCUCAAGUGGUGGGAAGCAGAAAAGAACAAGCCAAAGAGCCAGCGAGCAACACACGCACACAGGUACAACCCAUUUGCAGACACAGAGAGACAGAUAGUGAGAGUUGCAAAGUUAGACUGGAUGGACACAGCUUGCAACAUGCCGGUUUGGGCAGCACUUGCAGCAGAGUUUGUGAAGCAGUUUGACGUUGCAUGGGCCUCGGGCAAACAGGCCAGUUUGCAGAACCUAACGACAGUGCUCAAGCCUCUGACGUUUGCACCAGUACCAGAGCAGCGGUGCCACACCAUGCGCUGGCAACUUUGGUUAGUCUUGCUGACGGUGCCCUGGCGGAACCACGCCUCGGUUCAGAAGCCCAGGGCCACGACACCACCACAGCAGCGACCGGACACAGAGCAGCAGCGGCCUGGCACACAGGCAGGGGGUGGACAGCAGCAGCCACAGCAGACAGCAGGACCACUGCCGCCCGCAGGUGCCCAGCCGAACCCCCAAGAGGAGCCGACACCAGCAGCAAGCACCUGCCAAGCCCAGCAACAAGACCAGCCAGCCGCAAGCAGCCAGCAAGACACGGCAGCACAGCAGCAGCACCAAGAUAUGCCAGAACUCGACGACGGCACAGAGGCCACGGGGGGAUGGACCAAGGGGGACCAUCAACACUGGAGAGACUUAGGCCCCGCCGUGGGGUUAUUUGAGGAGGACAGCGAAAGCGAGUGGGAAAAGGUGCUCGCAAGAGGGAGACGCCAGAGACGUUGGACACAGCCAACCACCCCCACACCCACACCAGACUGGGGGGACCUCCUCAACAGACACCUCCUCCCCCGACAGGGGGACCCACAGAGCACUCAACUAGCGCAGCAGCAGGAGGGCCAGACACAGCCAGCACAACAAGCACAAGGAGCCGCAGCAGCCAGCCACCCCAAGCCCAGCAAGCAGCAAACCGCGACGGACGGAGACAGCGGGGGGCCCAGCGGCCGCAGACGCAUGCCCACGCCAACCAGCACCACAGCAGCAGCAGAGCAGCAGGAGAACACUAUGGAGGGGAUCUUCAAUGUCCUCUACAUGAGCCACGGCAGGGGACCGCGCCCACUGACGGCGCCGCCAGAGCUACCGAUAGCCCAGGGGGUCACGCUGCAUAUGCGAUCAGGGCCCUAUGGCAUCUGGGCAGCUGUCACGACACAUACGGGAGCCAACUUUGCAGCUGACUAUGGCCCCAGCCCAGCUAGGAACUACGCAAGGGCACGCCAGGUGCUGCAGAGCCACCAGCAGACUCCGAACGCCUACAUCGGGGUCAACACAGCGUUCACUCUUCUGCCGUGGGGGGACAUCACCCAGGGAUCGCCCGAGAAGUUCCUCAUGUGGAUCACAGCUACAGGGGGGCAUCGCGAUCCAGAAGGGGCAGAAAUGCACCCAGGUGAUGCCUUCAUACUUGAAUGGGACAGAGCUGAACGACGGUGGCGCCCAGGCAACCUGCCACGUAAGGUGGCGCAGCAGUACUACUACGAUUGGGGUCGCCACAGGGGGACGCCGAUGAUUACCAGGCCGCCACCGCCCGGUGCCACGCACCCACUGGGGCACUGGGAGCAGAUGGCCAUGAACCUCAUCCCACGCCCCUACACCAUGGGGGGGCAGGCGAGUAGCAGCAGCAGCGGGCAGCAGCAACCACCACAACCAGGACCUAGCCCGCCCCCCCCGCCGAGGCAGCCGCAUCGCACCGGGACCAGCAGGGACACUGACCAGCCCUCACUGAUGCAGCAGCAGCAAGUAGCACAGACGCAGCUAGACGACUCAGUAGCUUGCCCGAGCCAUGGCCCGACGCUGGAAGCGAGCACGGGGGAAGCAAGAGGAGCACAGCCGCGAGAAGUGGCCGCGAUGCUCUGCUGGCUACGCGAGCUGGCCGCGUGGGCGGCAGAACAGCAGAUGCCCGUCCAAGUCCGGUACGAGAUGGAGUCCGCCAUGGCCGUCCUGGGGGAUUGCCUGCACCACGCCAGGCUGCAGCACAACGCCCAGGGGGACAACGUGAAAAAGAGAGGCCGGACCAACCAAGUGCUGGCAGCACGGCUGCGACUCCUGGACCUCUGCGACGACACAGACGACGACCUCAACCAGCACCAGAUCUACGAGGACCUCCGUGUCAUCGAGAGACUUCUGAAGGAAGGGACGCAGCAGUUUCAAGAAGCCACGCAGGGCAAAGAGGGAGAACUCCUUCGACAGGGAAGCGAAGGACUGAGCCAGACCCUCGCAGCUGUACAACGAGCCCAAGCUGCCACAGUACAAGGGGACCUAGACUGGUGCACAAGCAGCUGGGGGACGGCAGUCGCCAUUCUCCUCGAGGAAGCGCAGGAAGCAGUAGAGGAACACAACGAGCUCGGCCUUGUCCACAGCUCCGAUGUGCUAGGGCUCAGUCAGGGAGCCAACGAAGGGCCAAGAAGACCACCAGAGCCAGGCCCAAGACUGGAAGCGAUACUGGGGGACAUCAGAGAGGCCUUGGGCUUCUUGACGGCAGGGCCGCACUCCCAGGUCUUGAACGUACUUGCAGCAGUGGCUAUGUGGCAGUCGCAGAACAUGGCAUACAACGUGGAGACGCAGACCACGGAGGGAGGGGACGAGAUACCCCACCAAGCCAUGGAUGGUGGAGGCAGACAACAAAGCCGAUGGGUGCCGCAGCCCGGGGCGCCACAAUGGUCGGGCAGCCUGCCCAGCUCAGCAGACGAGGCAAGAACAGACAGAAGCACAGAUGAAGGGGGACCGACUGACGAGGACCUGAUCCAAGCCAUGGAAGAGUACGAGCGACAACAAGAACGAAGAGACCUGGAAGAAGCAGAGGAAGAAGCCCGCUGCCUUUUCACCCGGCGCAGAACUGAAGGGGGUUCAGCUGAGAGCCACCGCCGCCGUAGAAUGCAUGCGGGGGAUCCUUGA